AUGAGUGAGGAAUCAACCCCAAAAGAAGACACCAAGCCAAUUGAUUCUGUGGAGGAGACCACGGCCAAAGGUGCCGUUCCAGAGGAGAAGCGCAAGAGGGAAGGCGAGGAUGGAAAGAAGAAGAGAAAGCACAGAAGGAAGUACGACGACGAUCUCCCACCUGCAGAAAACGACAGCGACAAGGAGGACGAAGAAGAAGAUGUUGAUGAUGACAAGCUGGUUAUUGAAGAUGAGGAUGAGGAUGAGGACGAUCUUCUGGAGAUUGAUACCACCAACAUCAUCACCACUGGUAGAAGAACCAGGGGUAAGGUUAUUGAUUAUUCCAAAGUCGAUGCGGAAUUGAAGAAGGAGGAAGCCAAGAAGGGUGAUGGAGCCGCCAAUGAAGAUGAUGAUGAAGAAGAAGGUGAUGAGGAUUUCAAAGAGCCAUUGAAAGAGGAGAAAUAG